AUCCUCAAACUCCAAGAGGUCCCGGAAUAUCAUCAUGUUCUUAUUCUAAUUUUCGCGAUAGUGUAUGUAAAUGGCCGCCUAUACAAGUUUCAGAAAUACCAGCAGAGUGCACAUCUUUAAAUUACCUUGUAGCUUUAAUUGAUAAAAAUUACUGUAUUGGUCCAUCAACAUCAGGUUCAGAUUAUGCAAUUUUAGACACUUUAUUGGCCAGUGAUAAGGAUGUAUAUUUAUACUACGGCCGGGAAACGACAACAGAUUGGGCUAAUGUGCUUGGUAAUGGAUGUGCAGAAGCCAAUGCAUUAAAAGAAAUGAAUUCAUUAGAAGUAUUUUUUGAGGCACAUAAGGGGAUCGAUGGUCUUAUACUUGUUGGUAUAACCUAUGAACCUAGCGACCCAGAAUUUGCAAACUUUACUGAAAAUUUUAAAAUAUAUCUUGAUGUGCUGAAAAAAAAGUUUCCAAAUCUGGCGAUUGGGUUGGAUUUAUUUGCAUCAUUCCUUAUAGAUCAGUAUAACGAUCCAAAACGCGUAUGGUUGGAUUUCAAAGUAUUAGACGUAUCUAUUGAUUUUUAUGCUGUUACUAUGGAGGAAUUUAAUCCAUGCAAUGCUGACUUCAAAACCGGAACUGUUAUAAAAUCUGCAAAAAAUAUAAUACAUACAUUGGAUAUAUUAGCAGAUGUCUUACAAAAAACGAAUAUUCCAAAAGCAAAAACAUAUUUUAAAUUUAAAACAAACCCAGAAUCACCUGAUGAUACACUGAUUCUUUGUGGUAUGAAUAAUGAAAAGUUGUGUGAAUUGCCGUCAACCGUAACAUGUGAUUGGUGUUCAGAUACCAUAGCAUCAUACAAUGAAAAGGGUAAAUUUUCGAAAGAAUAUGGCGCUGGCUUUAUUGCUCGUUAUAUUGAUUUUGAAGAUAAAAAUAAUACUUGUAAAUGUGAAAAACCAUUCUUUGCCUUUUACGCUUUGCUAGAUGGUUUUAAUGGUAUUACAUCAAAACCCUGUGAAUUAUUUGAUAAUCGUAAUUAAUAGCAUAAUUAAAAUUUUUACACCAACCACAAUUAUUAACAUGUUUAAAGACAAAUAAUUAUAAUACAUAUUAUACGUCAUUA